AAAUAUUGUAAAGUGUUCAACCAUCAACAAGAAAGAAAAUGGAAUGGAUUUCGAGCCUUUUAGUCCUGGGCAUUAUUUUUGGUGCAACAGGAAAGGAAUUUGCAAAACCGGAGAUACGUCUAAUACAAAGAGCUCCAGAUGUCACAACUUCAACUACUACGGAGAAUCCUAUUUCGGUACUAAAUAAAACAGCAACAGAAAAUCUACAAUGGAUCCUUUCCAAAUAUAGUCAGCAAUGUAAUAAUAACGUGGAGUUAUCUUUAUGGCUGGACCAAGUUAAGGAGGCGUUAAAAUUUGACAGUAGUCCCACGAGUAUCAAUAUGAAGAUAUCGGUUUAUUCGAAGUUCCAGGAUUACGAUAAGCAACGUUUAACUUUUGAAAAACUCAUCGAUGAUCGCAUAAAUUACUUAAAUGAUAUUCUUCCUACCCUCGAACCCAAUAGCCAGUGCUCAAAAACUUACCUGGAACAAAAAAAAGCCUUGAAAGCGGCUAAACAACUUGACAAUAUCGUAAAAUCGAAAAUUCUUGCACAAAACAGCAUCGAUUGCACUCCCGAAACAGAUUUUGAUCUUUAUUAUAACUAUUAAUACAUAUUUUAAUUUUUUUGAACUAUGGUACUAACAUGUCCCAAAACCAUUUUAAUUUAUAGAAAUAUAACAUGUGCAUAAUAAGAUAAAUAUUUUGUAGGUCUAUCUUACUAGAACAUUAUUGGAAAACUCACAAAAAAUAAAGUCCUAAUAUUGUAAUGACAAUAAUAUAAUAUAUAUAUCAAUUUUAAUUUAUAA